ACAAAAGUUCACUCGAGACUCGGUGGGUUCGGUGACAUUUGUCGUAUCAACAACAAAAGAAUCUUGAGUAACAAAGUGCACUGAAAUGGUCUCUUGUCGUUUGUUUUAAUCAGCGACAUCAAUGAAGCCCAUCUCCAGGGCCAUUAUUGCUGAACGACAGACGAAAAAUUGAAUCGAGUUUCAGGAAAACACUGACACAUGACAUGGUUUCGUGCAAUGACAAAGGGAUCGAGCUUGUACCGAUAAUAAAAGACAAGAAUGGUCUCAAAGAUCAGUCUGUGACAUUUGUGGAGCAGUACGUCAAGGAAGUUGGUGAUUUUAGUUCUCAGUAUGGGAGUAAUAUCAGCAUCUCCUACACGGCGUACAACAUUGCUGGUAAUCCCAGUAAAUUUCCAGACUACGGUGAUUUUCCUCAUGCCUUCGUGAUGAGAACAUACGGGCCAUGGUGGAAUGAGGCACCAUCUCGGCUGAGCGACUUUAUGCCCCAGAACAAUGAGCCAAUUGUUAGUCAGGACUAUAUAGACGUUAAAUAUCACGAAGAAGUUUAUCCAAUAAGAGUCUCAAUUUACGAGAUCUACAACCCAGGCAGUGUCGUUCGAAUAUGGGCCAGGGAUAACUCAGGUCAUUGGCUCCAGCUGUGGAGUGGUCCCCCCCAGAAAGUACCCCACAAACCCCGAAUAUUCUCACCUCCCCUCACCCUUUGCAACUUCAAAACUAAAAUGCUCAGGAUAGAAUUCAAUCACAGCCUCUUAGACUACUACACCGAGCUCGAUGCUAUCUUACUCAUUGGCACAACUGAACUUAUCUUACCUCACUUUGGCUUUCAAAAUAGGAGUAUAAGUGCCUUAUUACAGCUGCUAGGAGGUAGUGGUUGUAAUACCGACGACGAGCAUAAUCUGACACCAGAGCACUCCAAAGCGAACUGUGAUCUGCAGAAGCUCAAGAGUACUUUACAUAAACACUGUGUUCUGUAUGAAAGUAAAUCGACAGACAAACUUCCCAAGGGGAAACUACUGACGAAACUAGGAUUACAUUGCCACCUGAUACCACCGAUUGAGGAGGCCUUCAACAGUCUCCAGCAGUUUCUGCAGGAAGAUUUUCCAAAGUUGAUUAAGGAGAUUAAUUUGUCGUCUUCAACGACAGUGUCCGUCCAAUAUGCCGAUGUCUCUAGCUCGAAAGAGGGGGUUGAUAAUACCUGUGGCAGUUUUUCUGUUCUUCCAGAUGAAACGGUGUUGAAGAUUCUGAAGAAUUUAGACUUGAAAUCUCUCUGCCGCUGCUGCAGAGUGAAUAAACACUUCAACAACGUGGCUCGAGACGCCCUGCUCUACACAAGUCUCAACUUAAAACCCUACUGGAACAGUCUCGAUUCAGGGGCACUGAAUGUCCUCGCCCCAAGAUGCCAGUACCUCCAGAAAGUUGAUUUCUCCUGGUGUGGGAACUACAACACCAUUACCCCCCAGAAUUUCAUCGAAUUCAUGGCCUCAGCUGGAGGGCUCUUGACUCACCUGCGUUUGAAUUGCUGCAGAUUCGUCAUCGAUCAAGUAAUCGCAGAAAUCUCCGGGACCUGCAGAAACCUGAAGGAGUUGUGCCUGCGGAAUUGCAUACAAGUGACGCCCGAGGGUUUCGUUCACCUGGAGAAACUCCAGGCUCUUGAGCGACUGGAGCUGUACAGGACUGCCAUUGAAACAUCGGCUCUAUGUUCGGUCCUCAAGAGGAAUCGAGGAAUGAGGCACCUGAAUCUAGCUGGGAUGCACGAAAGAAUGAACAUGGAUGAGGUUGCUGUUGAACUAGCCAAUUCGUGUCCCUUCUUGGAGAGUAUUGACUUCUGGAAGUCUCAGACGCUGACACCAACUGGGGUGAGGGCUCUCACGAGGUGUACGAGGCUCAGAGAAGUGGACUUUGGAUGGUGUGGUGGCAUGGGAGCACCUGGAGAUUCCCUCAGAACCUUCUUAACAUAUUGUACUUCACUUGAGAAAGUAUUUCUAGCAGCACUGCGAGGUCUCACAGACAGAGACAUAGAACCCCUUCUGCUCUGUCGUCAACUACGACAAUUGGAUCUACUUGGGACUCGAUCACUCACACCGGACAUUUGCCUCAGAUUUCUCCUCUGCUGUCCGGAACUGAAGAUGAUGGAUUUGAGCUUCUGUGAUGCCAUUAGUGAUACUAAGGUUCAAGAGUGGAGGCAGCUGUACCCGCAUGUAUCAAUCAAAAGAAGUUUCCAGGGUGGCAGUUCCCACUUCAUGAGGGAUCGUCCCUACGCCUGAAAAAUACCUCACAAUUUGGGGAGAAACAAAAUGGACUUUGAUAUGCUGUGUUUUAUACUCGUGCUUAGGAUUUUUACCGAAUUUUCCUGUCGAUAAUUUAUAUAUUUAGGUACAUACCUUGCUGUAUCGUCGACAUCAGUGUGAAUAAUGUUUAUUUAUUAAUUGAAUGGUUCAAUAAACUGGAAUCAUCGACUGAUAA